AUGCCUAAAAAGAUGGAGCUGUGGAUUUUAAACCACAGCUGCUGCACAAUUAUACUAAAGCAAAGGAAGCUGUAGUCAAACCCAACCCUGAAGGGAAUCAGCCACGUGGUGGUUGACGAGGUCCACGAGAGAGACAUAAACACAGACCUGCUGCUGGCUCUGCUGCGCACAAGCCUGAACAAGAACCCUGACCUGAGGGUCGUUCUCAUGAGUGCCACUGGGGACAACCAGAGGCUGGCUCAGCACUUUGGCGGCUGCCCGAUCGUAAAGGUGCCAGGGUUCAUGCACCCAGUACAAGACAAGUACCUGGAAGAUGUACUAAAGGAGAUGGGGCGUCAGUCUCAGAUCCCAGAAAGGGUGAAGACGGACAAAGAGAACGAUGCUACACCGGAUCUUGAUUUAGUCGCUGAUGUCAUCGAACACAUUGACAGAUGUGGAGAACCAGGUGCAGUGCUGUGUUUCCUCCCGGGAUGGCAGGACAUAAAGGCUGUUCAAGAGAAGCUCGAGGAAAAACCGCGCUUCUCCUCUGGCUCCCAGAUGAUCCUGCCCUUGCACUCAAGUUUAUCAGUGGCUGACCACCAGGCUGUGUUCCAGCGCCCCCAAGUGGGACAAAGAAAGAUUGACCUCGCCACAAACAUUGCUGAGACCUCAGUUACAAUAGAUGACAUUGUUCACGUGGUGGAUGCAGGAACUCACAAAGAACAGAAUUAUGACCCACGGACUAAGGUGUCCUGUCUGGAUACAGUUUGGAUUUCCCGUUCAAAUGUUACACAAAGAAAAGGGAGAGCAGGCCGGUGUCAGCCGGGACAGUCCUACCACCUUUUCUCAAGAAAACAGCUGGAAUCCAUGCCUCCCUUUCCCAUCCCUGAGAUCCUGCGCACCACGCUUGAGAGUUUAGUAGUGCAGGCUAAAAUCCACAGUCCAAACUCAAAGGCUGUAGAUAUCUUAUCCCAAGUAUUGGACAGCCCAGAGCCAGAGUCUGUGAGAGACGCUGUCCGUAAUCUACAAGAUAUAGGAGUCCUGGACAGGACCGAAACACUGACUCCAUUAGGGGAUCGUGUCGCCUGCAUGUCAUGUGACCCACGGCUGGGCAAAAUAUUAGUCCUAAGUAGCAUGUUUAGAUGUGUUCUGCCUAUGUUGUCUGUAGCUGCCUGUCUCACUAGAGACCCUUUCCACAACAGCUUGCAGAACAGAGCACUAGUCAACAAGGCCAAAGAGGCUCUGAGUGGCUCAAGCUGCAGUGACUAUCUGGUGUUCAGUAGAGCUGUUCUGGGCUGGAGGAAAGUUCAGCAGGAAGGCGCUGCUGUUUUAGUGCUGGAGUCUAUUGUGAAAUCACUGAAUUUAUCAGGAACUCUUUAA